CAUGGGGGUCGGAGAUGACACAGCUUUGAACCAUGUCACGGACAUGUCGGACCGGGUACACAUGUGCAUGUUGCCACCUGUCAUGGAGUGAAGCUGCAGUGGACACUACUGAGCUGGGCAGCUGGCUCGUGAAUUACACCCAGUACUCCACUGGUUCACUCGCCUCCCAACCUUAUAAGCGAGUGCAAAAGCGCCCUGCCGCGCCGACGCGGAGAAGGCAGGCAGGCGGACGCGGGCAUGGCCGGUGCAGCGUCGGUCGCCUCCAUGGCCGCGGCGGAGGCGGAGUGGCUCGAGUCCCUGCUCCUGCGCCGGUGGCGGCGGUCGGGCGGCGGCGGCGGCGAGGCGCUGCUGCUGUGGGGCGCGUGGGACGCGGCGCGCGCGGCGGCCGUGUCGCCGGCUCUGGCCGCCGCGUCGUGGGCGUGUCUGGCCCUGUCGGCCAUGCUGCUCGCGGACGCCGUGUUCCUGGCCGCCGCCAGCCUUCUCGCGCGGUGCAGGCGGUGCCGGGAGGCGGGCCCGCUCGGCGGCGGUGAGGAGGGGGACGAGGAGGAGGGCGGCCGCCUCGGCUACCCCAUGGUGCUCGUCCAAAUCCCCAUGUACAACGAGCGGGAGGUGUACAAGCUUUCGAUUGGAGCCGCGUGCGGGCUGACAUGGCCGUCGGAUAGGGUCAUCGUGCAGAUUCUCGACGAUUCCACUGAUCCAACGGUCAAGGAUCUGGUGGAACUCGAAUGCAAGUUUUGGGCUAACAAAGGCAAGAAUAUAAAAUAUGAGGUGAGAAACAAUCGGAAAGGGUAUAAAGCUGGUGCACUGAAACAAGGGAUGCUGUAUGACUAUGUCCAACAGUGUGAUUUUGUUGCCGUAUUUGAUGCUGAUUUCCAACCAGAACCUGACUUCCUCAUGAGGACCGUCCCAUAUCUUGUGCAUAGUCCACAAACUGCUCUAGUUCAAGCACGGUGGGAAUUUGUUAAUCCCAAUGAAUGCAUGAUGACAAGGAUACAAAAGAUGACAUUAGAUUAUCACUUUAAAGUAGAGCAGGAAGGAGGUUCAUCCACCUUUGCCUUCUUUGGUUUUAACGGAACUGCUGGUGUUUGGAGAAUUUCUGCCAUCAAGGAAGCCGGGGGCUGGGAGGAUCGGACCACAGUGGAAGACAUGGAUUUGGCUGUCAGAGCAGGUCUGAAAGGAUGGAAAUUCAUCUAUGUUGGAGAUGUUAAGGUCAAAAGUGAACUGCCAAGCAAUCUGAAAGCAUAUCGCCGUCAACAGCACCGGUGGGCAUGUGGGGCAGCAAAUUUAUUCCGAAAGACAGGAGCAGAAAUAUUUGUGACCAAGGAGGUGUCAUUUUGGAGGAAGUUUUAUUUGCUCUACAGCUUCUUCUUCGUGAGGAAGGUUGUUGCUCAUGUGGUACCUUUCAUGCUCUACUGUGUAGUAAUUCCUCUGUCCGUCCUAAUUCCUGAGGUCACGGUUCCUGUAUGGGGGGUGGUUUAUGUCCCAACAACAAUAACACUCCUAUACGCCAUCAGAAAUCCAAGUUCUCUCCAUUUCAUACCAUUCUGGAUCCUCUUUGAGAAUGUUAUGUCUUUUCACCGAACGAAGGCAACAUUCAUCGGUUUGCUUGAGCUCGGGAGCGUAAACGAGUGGGUUGUCACAGAGAAGCUUGGUAACUCAAACAGCACGAAGCAUGUGCCACAGAUACUGGAAAAACCUCCCUGCAAGUUUUGGGACAGAUGCACCAUGUCAGAGAUUUUGGUUGCCAUCUUCCUCUUCUUUUGUGCGACCUACAACUUGGUUUACGGAGACGACUUCUAUUUCAUUUACAUAUACCUACAGGCUAUAACAUUUCUUAUUGUUGGCACUGGUUUCUGCGGAACAUUCAACUCCAACUCAUAGCGGCGUAACAGCUAGGAUUGAUCCAACAGAAGGAAUUGCUCAAGUUGGAUCACGAACUCAUGAUGACUAAUAACCUCAUUGCAUUGUCAUGUAUACCGCGAAGGCAAAGGAUGCCUGUUAUUUUUAUUUUUGGUUUUAGAAAAGGCUCGCAGGAAUGUAGCAUGUGUUUUCCACGUUUCAGUGUUUUUCCAUUGUCUUGUGUACGCUGAUUGUUGUUGUAAUGUUGUACCACUGGACACAGUAAAGUCAUUUACUACUGUUCCAAAUCAAAAAUAAAAGUUGUAUCAUUGAACUGGUUCAUAUGUUAACAGGGAUUUUGCUAUUUAGCACCAUUA